AUGACCACGCCUGACUGUGUCAUUCUUCGCAUCGUACCGCUCCCAACCCUACUACACACCACCAGCCUUUUGGUCGGCAUUGACUACGACGACAUCUGGGAGCAGGAGGCAUGUCGCUCCCGCUUUUCAAACUUCCUAGGCUCCGUGCGACUGAUCAUGGACUACUCAGCGGUCGGCACGCGCUGGCAGGUUCGCAAUGUACCUGCCUUCCCAGCCUGGCUCACGGCCCAGCCGAAACGGAGUCUGUUUCUCCUGCGACAAUCCUUGUUCGCCCUAUGGCAGUACGUCUUGAUGGACUUUGUCGGACACCAGCUAACCCACAGUGAGCGCGCAAUGAACGACUUCACGAUGAUUCUUCAAGAUCCUACCGCACGUCAUGCAUGGCCGGUAGAGACUGCCAUCAACCUUGGGAUCUGGUUUGUGUUGGCACGGGUGUCGUUGGACUUUCGAUAUCGAUUCAUUUCGGUGGCCCUGGUGGCUUUGGGGGUUUCACCUGCUGAGAACUGGCCGCCAAUGUUUGGCAGCACGUUGCAAGCAUAUACCUUGCGGAACUUCUGGGGAACGUACUGGCAUCAGACCCUUCGAUGGCCACUGACAGCCACGAGCGCCUUCAUCACCCGAACUCUCCUAAAGCUACCGUAUCCCUCCUUGAUAGAGCGCUACUCGAACCUUCUCCUCGCCUUCCUCGUCUCAGGCAUCAUUCACCUCUCGGCCCAAUACAAAGGCUUCAUAACGACCCCGCCAGGAGCAAUCCAUUUCUUCACAUCGUUUACACUAGCCAUUAUGGCGGAAGAUGGCAUCCAGGCGAUCUGGGCUCGAAUGGCAGGGGAAGACAAAACCGUGCAGAAAUUUUCCACCCGGCUUCCUACACUCUGGAAACGGUUGGUCGGGUAUAUCUGGGUCACCAUGUGGCUCACUCUACUGGGACCGUUGUAUUCGUACGACAUGGCAUAUAUGGCCGUCAUGGAGCCAUUGCCACUGCCAGUAAGUGUUACGGAGUAUUUGACCCCACCAGUGAGUGGUGCUCUUCUUGGGGGAGGGAUGAUUGUUGGUUUGGUAGCAUUUGGGGCAGAGCCAUAG